CUGCUGGGCGGAGCCGCGCGCCCCCAGACCGCGGGGAGCAGCCGCUCUGAGAGCGUCGCUCAGCAGGUGCCAUGGAGCGGCCGGUGAGAGUGAAGAAAUGGGUGGAGGAGAACCGGGCCUUCUUCCUGCCCCCGGUGUGCAACAAGCUCCUGCACCAGGAGCAGCUCAAAGUCAUGUUUGUCGGGGGCCCCAACACCAGGAAGGACUACCACAUCGAGGAGGGUGAGGAGGUGUUUUACCAGCUGGAAGGUGACAUGGUUCUCCAAGUCCUGGAGCAAGGCAAACACCGGGAUGUGGUCAUCCGGCAGGGAGAGAUAUUCCUCCUUCCUGCCGGGGUCCCCCACUCUCCACAGAGGUUUGCCAACACCGUGGGGCUGGUGAUAGAACGGAGGCGACUGCAAUCCGAGCUAGACGGCCUCAGGUACUACUUGGGGGACACCACAGAUGUCCUAUUUGAGAAGUGGUUCUACUGCGAGGACCUCGGCACACAGUUGGCUCCCAUCAUCCAGGAGUUCUUCAACUCUGAGCAAUACAAGACUGGAAAGCCGAUCCCUGACCAGCUGCUCAAGGAGCCACCAUUCCCCCUAAGCACGCGGUCCGUCAUGAAGCCCAUGUCCCUGGAGACCUGGCUGAACAGCCACCACAAGGAGCUGCAGGCAGGCACACCUCUCAGCCUGUUUGGGGACAGCUAUGAGACCCAGGUGAUCGUCCAUGGACAAGGCAGCAGCAAAGGCCCAAGACAGGACGUGGAUGUGUGGCUGUGGCAGCUGGGGGGCUCCUCAGUGGUGACCAUGGCGGGACAGCGCUUGAGUCUGACCCCCGAUGACAGCCUCUUGGUGCCAGCAGGGACUUCGUACUCCUGGGAGCGAGCACAAGGCUCUGUGGCCCUGUCUGUGACCCAGGACCCGGCCCACAAGAAACCCCUGGGGUGA